AACUAACUGUGAGAUCCUGGAUAAAGCUAUUUUUGGACAAAGUUCUGAGAAGACAUAGAAGGAAUUCCAGUGACGCGAACAAUUUUGAGAACAGUGCUACUUGCCUUUUGUUAUCAAGUUCAUCUAAGCAUGAAUAAGAGGGACUUCACUCGUGAGAAAACGUUUGUUUGUGACACCUGUGGGAAAGGCUUCGCUAAUGUAAAUCAUCUUAAAGGACAUAUCAGGGUGCAUACUGGUGAGAAACCAUUUGUUUGUGAUACCUGUGGUAAGGCCUUUGCCCGGCAAGGUACUUUAAACAGACACGAUCGUGUUCACACUGGUGAGACACCAUUUGUUUGUGAUACCUGUGGUAGAGCCUUUUCGCAACGAAUUAAUCUUAAAAGUCAUAGCAAGGUGCACACUAACGAGAAACCAUUCGUUUGUGCGACCUGCGGUAAGGCAUUUUCGUGUCCGACUAAUCUUAAGGCACAUGUCAGGGUUCAUACGGGUGAAAAACCAUUUGUUUGUGAGACCUGCGGUAGAGCCUUUUCUCAGGAAGUUAGUCUUACCAGACAUGUCAGGGUCCACACUGGUGAGAAGCCAUUUGCUUGUGAAACCUGUGGUAGAGCCUUCGCUGCACUAAGAGAACUAAAGAGACAUGCCAAGAUACAUGCUGGUGAGAAAACAUAAUUUGUAUGUGAGACUUAUG